AUGUAUGGUAGUGCUAUUUAUUGUCUAAACUGCGCCUAAUUUAAUCUAACUAAAUCGAGAUUUGUUUAUAACUAGGCAAUUAAAGGAGGUGCAAUCUUUCUUGAAUAUCUUCGAUAUUUUACUAAUUAAGUAGUUAGUCUUGAUUAAAAUUUGCAGGAUGUACAGAUUGAGAAUAUUACCUCAUUUGAAAGUGGAGGAUUCCAAUAUUUUGCUGGUAACAACUUUAACAGUUCAAACUCUUUAUUAAAAUGCAGGUUCUUUAAUAUAAAAUCCUCUUUAAACAGUAUUUAAAAUUCAUUAGAUUUUUAACCUACUCAAAAUAAAUUAUAUGGUGGAGGUAUAUUCAUGUUUUCAGUAAAGCAAGUAGAUCUUAAUAUCAAAGAUUCCUUUUUCGAGAAUAUUGAAGCAUUACAAUUGGGAGGGAUAUUGUUAUUGGAUUCUAACUAUUUUUCCUAGUUUAUUUUGCAAAAUAACAGUUUUAAAAAUAUUUCUGGCAGAAACCAGGGAGCUAUGAUCUAUUCUUAAUCUCAAAAUUAUUAGAAAGCUGUAUUAAUUGACAACAGAAUAGACUGCCAUCCCUAUUCUAACAUUUCAGAGGAGCAGAAUCAAUUUAUGAAGGGCGAAGAAAUAUUAUCAACCAGUUAAACAGGGUCUCAUAUCUUCUACUUUGAAAGUGAAUAAUAAUCAACUCUAUUAUCAUAAAAUAACACAGUAAUAAAUUGCAUCAACUAGUACUCUGAAAUAAUUGGAAAUUUACAAAGAUAGAUUGUAAGUGGAGGAGUUUAUAUGCUAAAUACAAAUAUUGUUAUGACUGAUAUCAAUAGUACAUAUGCUAAUAAUUCUGCUUAUUUUGGUGGAAUUUACUAUUCUAUAUCAAAUAGUAAAUUCAUUAAUAACAUUCCAAAUAUGGCAGGUGGUUUGAUAAAAUAAGCAGGGGAAAUUCAAACUUAGAACAUAAUUUUAGUUCAGAAUUAUAGCUGA